AUGGGCGACUUCAAUACUUGCUUGCUCAAGGAUGAUGUUCGUUCCAAAAGACUACUCUCUACUGCUGACUCGUUCAAUCUACAUGUUCUUCCACUCAACCCUACUCAUUUCUUCCCAAACUGUUCUCCAUCACUUCUAGACCUUAUCCUUGUUUCUAAUACUGAUCUUGUGGUCAAGCACGGGCAGUUACCAGCCGAGGCUUUCUCUUACCACGACCUCCUUUUCCUUUCCUACAAGUUGCGAUCCCCUAAAAUAAAACCCCAAAUCCUCAUGCAGAGAAGUUUUGGUGAUAUGGACUUGAAUCGUCUGGCGGAUGACGCUGAAAAGCUGGACUGGGGGCAGGUGUAUGGUGCAAGUGACGUUAACGAUAUGGUCACUGUGUUUAAUUCGUUACUAACGCAAUUAUAUGAUAUUCAUGCUCCUAUUAAACCUGUAAGAAUUAAACAACUACCGGCACCAUGGUUGACUAAAGAAAUCAAGGCGGCUAUUAACUCAAAAAAUAGGGCGAAAUCCAAAUAA